AUGUCGACCCUUGCUUCCUUCUUUUUGCUCCUUGUCCUCAGCCUGGUCACGACCUGCUCCGCCAUGCCUGGUGCCUCUAACUCUACUGGCUUGAACAACUACACCAUGUCCCUUGGUCAACUCUCAGCGCAACAAGCUCUCUGCAGCUGUGACGACACUCCAUGCCCAGAGAAGAACACCGUCUGCAUGAACGGAGCUUGCACCUGCAUCCACCAUGAAGGCUGCCGCGCCAAUUCUGACUGCAAUCAAUACCAUGUCCAUUGCCCCAAGGGCCAGUCCAUGAUGUGCCAGCAGAUGGACCCCUUUUGGCGGAAUAACGUUUGCAUCUGCGUGAAGAAGCCAGAGGGAGAAUGUAACUGUGAUCAUACAGCUUGUGACUGGGGUCAGACCAAGUGCGACGAUGACGGGAAAUGCCACUGCCACCCCAUUACAGGCUGCGCGCCCGCCAUUGCCCAGAACAAACGAGUUGACUGCAGGAAAGUGUUGACGCACUGCCCGUAUGCCACGACGCCCUAUUGCACGCUAGAUAAUGAGGUCGAAUUUCCGGAUGGUCAGUGUAUCUGCCAACCGACGAUGUGCGAUUGCUCGAGGGUGUCGUGUCCUGACGAUGGGUAUUUGCAGUGUAAAGAGCCCGGGAAAUGUAAAUGUUGGACUUGAAGAAGAAGGACUGUCAUGUUCUGGUGCAGUUACUACACUAUCAAAACUCGGCGGAGGUUUAACAGGGACCAGAUAAUGUCGCAUCUUAGUGGGAUGGAGGGGCAGCCCGCACUGGCCACCUCUUGCCAUGUCUUUGGUUCCAUCCGUUCGCUCGUGUGGAUGUUCCACUCUUCCAAAUACAACAACAAUCGAUGUGAAUC